AUAAUUAAGAGUUGUCCUGUGGAAGAUUACAUGUAUUCGCAUGUAGACCAUCAAACGAAGUUUCCAAAUUAGAAAUAUCCCACCAAAGUUUCGACAAUUAGAGCCAUGCUCACUUUAAGGAUUGUCGCAUUAGCAAUUUCACUUUUGGUCGGCAUCACUGUGGCAGGGAAAGAGUUUCAUUUCACUCUAACCAAGGAGGAACUUUCACAUUACUUUGGAACCACUUUAGUAGAGCAAGUUCCAGAUUAUGACUUCAUUCCCGCACACACAAUAAUAGAAAGAGGGGCAACGGCAGAUUCCCGAAACAUCACGCUGACGGCCUUCGGACAGGAGUACCAACUGUACCUCACAAAGAAUAAAAAUCUCAUGUCGCCAGGGUGUACAAUUAACCAAAUAUACUCAAAUGGAACCAAAGACAGCGUCCCGUGUAGUGUGGUGGAAAAUUGCCACUACAUUGGACAUUCAGAAUCUCAUCCAGGGUCCACAGUCGCUGUCAGUACCUGUGACGGAUUGCACGGUGUGAUUAGUGCGUUAGACCAUGAUGUGUACAUUCAUCCUCAACUACGUGUUCACCAGGGUGGUGGAUCAAGCGGAGGCGAUCACUUAGUAGUCAGACGUUCAGCACAAAGAGAGAAAAUCUUAUUAGAUGAAGACAGAUUGAUCAUUAGGCGAUCACCAAGACGCUAUUUGGAGAGUAGAGUUGUGGUUGCGCAUGACAGUCAGCUUUUCCAUGGCAGCGACACGACAAGAUUUGUUACCACGAUAAUGAACAUGGCAGCAAAGAUUUUUCUGGACCCUUCCUUAGGUAGCAGUAAACUAUAUUUAGCCCUGGUGGAUUUAACGAUUUUAAUGGAUGAUACGUCUGGCUUAAAGAUUGUGGCAGACUCCGGGGACCUCUUGGAAACCUUUUGUCGAUGGCAAAGAAAUAACGACGUGGCCGACGAAUCUGAUCCCAAACACCCAGAUGUGUCAAUUCUAAUCACAAAAAAGGACCUAGAGAAAAAUGGUGAUCAAACGAACGUGGGUCUAGGAACUAUGGGUGGAGUAUGUUACACUGACCGGAAGUGCACCGUUAAUCAGGACUCGGGUCUGGACACAGCUUUCACCAUUGUGCAUGAACUGGGACAUACGUUAGGUAUGAAACAUGAUGGCGAUGGCAACCAGUGUCCUGAAAAUAAGUUCAUCAUGUCACCAUAUGGCUCCGCAACCUCCAACACUGCAAGAUGGUCUACUUGCAGCGAGCAGUAUCUAAGAGCCUAUCUUACUGGUGUGAGCUGUCUAUCGGAUGUGCCCAGCCGAUCCGCUGUGAAAGUCUAUGAAAACAUCGAAGAAAACCCUGGGAUCAAAUACUCUGCUAAUGCACAAUGUACCCUGUUUUUCGGUAGAACAUCAGAGACUUGUGUCAGGAAAAAGAAUCCUUGUCGUGCAGACUGCAUUAACCCCUCCACAAAGCAAUGUAUAACUUAUGCAGCCUCUUUUGUUGACGGAACAGAAUGCGGUGGGAGGAAUUGGUGUAUAAAUGGACAGUGUGUAUCAAUGACACAGAACGCCCCACGCCAAGUAGAUGGCGGUUGGUCAUCAUGGGACUCUCAGUGGUCAAGCUGUUCACGAAGCUGUGGUGGAGGAGUAACGUUAAAGAAACGAACAUGCACCAAUCCGGAACCAAGAUUUGGUGGUCGUCCAUGCCCAGGAAAACCAUACCAGGCGAAAAUGUGCAACCUCCAGCCCUGUGUAACCAGUCAACAUCAGUUUUUGGAGGAGCAAUGUGCUAGCACAAAUAAGAAUCUAGUGCACGGAAAACACUACCAUUUUGCGCCGCCGUUGAUUGGUGAAUCAGAUUGUAGACUGGAAUGUGAAGCUGCGGAGGACAAACUGAUAUAUACGCGAGCGGAAGCGUCUGCAGAUGGCACUGUAUGUCAUGUUAGUUCUGCAGCUUUCGAAUCAAGAUGUGUUCAGGGAACGUGCGAGGGAUUUGGUUGUGACGGUGUUUUGGGAUCACAGGCAAAGUUCGAUAACUGUGGAGAUUGUAAUGGUUCUGGCAAUAGAUGCACAGCUCAUCCUGGAAAGUACACAGAAAAUCAUCCGGGCGAGUACCAUACUAUAUUGACAAUCCCUGUAGGAAGUACGGGGAUAACGGUGACAAAUAAUAAUGGGUACAACUACUUAGGUGUGAAGAUAAAUGGACGUGGUGUAUUGGGGCAGAAUAAGCAAAAGGCGUCCUCGGGAACGUACGGCCGAUCGAGGGUGGUGAUAGAGUACCGUGCUACCCCUGAGAGGGUCGAAAUUGUGGGUCCCACCACUGCAAUUGUGGAGGUCGACGUAUAUCAACAAUACGAUGCUACAAAAUAUAUGGGGGUAACUCCAGAUGUUUCCUUUGUUUAUCACACCCCAAAUGGUGGGACCUCUGACCAAGCUAACUUCAAAUGGCACGUCACCACUGGACAGUGCAGCGCCUCUUGUGGAACAGGAACACAAAUGAGGACUGCCAAAUGUGCCAGAAAAAGUGACAACGUAGAGGUGGAAGAUUACCACUGUGACAUAUAUCAGAAGCCUUCGGAAAUAUCAGUUUUCUGUAACAUCCACCCCUGUUCCCCGGAAUGGCAUGCCUCAUCAUGGGGAAAUUGCAGCAAAAAAUGUGGGGGUGGCACACACACCCGGACAGUUCAGUGUGUUACCGUACAAGGAAGCAAUUACACCGCGGUAUCAGAUAGCCGGUGUAAUGCAGCGAGGAAACCCACUACUGCUAAAGCGUGUAACCCACUGGCGUGCGAAGCUACCGGUGAUUGCUCAGAUAAGUUGGACUGUCGGGAAUAUGGGAAUCAGGUGUGCUCCAACUAUCCAGAAUGGUCGAAACUGAACUGUCCCAAACAUUGUAACUUGUGUCCUGAAGGCAAGCCGUGUGAGGACUUGGAGGACUGUACAGCUUAUGGGGAUGGUGUAUGUACUGGGUACAGAGGGUGGGCACAGAUUAACUGUAGAAAGCAUUGUGGCUUCUGUACAUCAGGUGGUUCUGGUGUGAUUGUAAAUGGUGGAAGUUGUGUAGACCAAGUGAACUGUGGGGAUUAUCAAGACGAUAUAUGCACAAACCCCACCUAUGCACAAUGGUCCCGAGAACACUGCCCCAAAUGGUGCAAUUUGUGCGACAAAAGUAUUUCGCAUGGGUCCAGCAAUACGCACACACAGGCGAAAAACGAUUCCUGUCAAGACACGGCGAACUGUGCUUGCACAGACGCCCUGUCAGAUUGUGCUGAUUAUGGGAGGAGUGCAUGCACCGGAGACUAUGAACCGUGGGCAAGGACGAACUGUAAACUCUACUGCAACUACUGUGACGCUGUACAUGUGAGCACGAACAGUGGUUCCUCGCAGCAGGGAGGUUCAAAUCAUGGGACCAGCGGUAGCGGUAGUAAUGUCCAAUCGUCUUCCACUAACGUUGUUAGUAGUGACCCCUGCCGGGAUAUAGAGAAGUGUAACGAGUACAGCGAUAAUGUCUGCACGGAAUAUCAACCAUGGGCAAGAAAAAAUUGCGCACGUCACUGCAAAUUCUGUGAACCAUGUAAAGAUGCCAUCACUGACUGUUCAGCGUAUGGAAGGAGUUCUUGUAUAGGUGUCUAUGAACCAUGGGCAAGACAGAAAUGCAAACUGUUUUGUAAUUAUUGUGGAGGCAAUUCCACGACAGUUACACGCAGAACAACACAAGCAAUUACGACUACUCAUCGAACCACUCCUGCUGCGUUGGGGACUACCAUUGUAGUCACCAGCGAUCCCUGCCAGGACCUUGAACGAUGCGUUGAGUAUGGAGGGGAUGUGUGCACUGCAUAUGCAGCAUGGUCCAAGAUAAACUGUCGGCGUCAUUGCAAAUUCUGCCAACCAUGCAAAGACGCAAUAUCAGACUGUGCAGAUUAUGGAAAACAAGCCUGCACUGGUAGCUACGUACCGUGGGCUAAGCAGAACUGUCGGCUAUACUGUAACCUUUGUGGCAUGGAGGGCACAACAACGACCACCACUUCUACAACUACAACGACGCCGCCACCGACAACAGUGCUUGCGAGCAGUGAUCGGUGUCGCGACAAAAUUAACGACUGCAGCUCUUAUGGCAGUAACAUGUGCACAACUUACGCUCCAUGGGCCAAGAUUAACUGUCGACGACACUGCAAAUUCUGCCACCCCUGUGCUGACAAACUGUCUGACUGCGCAAGUUAUGGGAAAAACGCUUGUACGGGUCAAUAUCGAGCCUGGGCACAGCUAAACUGCCCUCUAUAUUGCAACUUGUGCGGCUCUAGGAAGAAACGUUCUACACGGGAGGAAAGGGCACCGGAGAAAGUGGGUCCUCUUGGAAGAGACGUUGCGGAGAUAAACAGAAUGGAUAGAACAGAUCGUUUAGAGAUGAAUUUAAUGAACACGGCUGGCAACAAUGGAAUUGUUUUGGUUCCCAGUAAAAUUGCCAACAGCUCUGAAGCAAGGAUACCAGAACCACAGUCACAAUCUCAGAUUUUGGUCCCCUCCAAAGCCCAUCGUGUUCCUGAGAUCGUCCACACAAACUCCGUCGGGGAAGUUCCGGACGAAGUGGGAGGGGUCCUUCUUCAGCCUAUUGAGGAGUAUUCAGAGGGCCGUGUUCCGACUGGAGUGAGCAGUAUGAAUGAGAUGGGAAAGAUCCCACCGGAGGAAAUAGGCAGCAAGGAAGAAAACUUGUUAGAUGAACUUAAAAAACUGAAGAAUUUGGUGGACGGCAACUUAAAAAUGUGAAUCAUUGAUGCAAGAAUCUCUGUUUUAGGAAAAUUAAUGACGUAUUUUCAUACGUUGUGUAAACUUCAUUUAUCUCAAUGACAGUAGUAAACUUAGCAUGCCAUUAUUUUUAUUUAAUGUUGUCUCGAGAUUAAAUUUGUUUUGCUUACAA